AUGAGAAGAAAAGAUCUUGAGUUUGAUGUGAGAGAUAAAAUGUUCUUAAAAGUAGCACCUAUGAAAGGUGUUUUACGAUUUGAAAAGGAAGGGAGGUUGAGUUAUCGUUUUAUUGGAUCGCUUGAGAUUCUAGAGCAAGUUGGCCCUGUGGCGUAUCGUUUUGCUUUGCCGCCAUCACUCUCUACUAUUUGUGAUAUGUUCCAUGUUUCUAUGUUGAGAAAGUAUGUGACUGAUCCAUCUCACGUGGUUGAUUACGAGCCACUAGAAAUUGAUGAGAAUUUGAGCUAUGCAGAACAACCAGUUGAGAUUCUGGCUAGAGAGGUAAAGAUAUUGCGUAACAAAGCACUUGUUUUAGUCAAAGUUUUAUGGCAGAAUCACAAAGUUGAAGAGGCUACAUGGGAAAGAGAGGAUGACAUGAGAGCUCGUUUACUUAGAGUUGUUCAAGGAUUAGAACUUUUGAGGACAAAACUUCCUUAA